CAACUCCUCAACACACCUACACAAAUUGACAAAGCAAAGCAUUACGCUCUAUAUAUACAAAAUGAUAGAACCGGAGGAAACCUGGGAAGGCAGCUUUGAUCCCCUAGCUGACCCCGAGGAGCGCCGGGUGCUUUUUGCGACGCUGGAUUCGUUCAGGUGCGUAUAGCAUCGCACACAUACAGGUAUUCCUCAAUGGCCUUUUGCAAGAGGAGUCUAUCUUGUCUUCAAUUACUUCAAUUAUUCUCCCCACUAAAACCAUUCAAGACAAUAUCGCAGAACUGCCCACCAGAAUACCACCCACCGCCGUCGACAGGCCUUCUACGCCCUUCCUUCCGCCCAUUGGCAGAUGCUCGCGGAACCCCCCUUCUCCAUACUCGACCACUUCUCACGCGCCGAUGACGCCAUUGAUACGAAUGCAGAUAUUGCAGAUGCGAUUCUGGGCGUUGGACUGGCUUCGUUUGGUCUUCCCGCAUCUCCUUCCGCUGACGAACCUCGGACGAAUUGGCACGGUACAGCGAAUUCUUCAGACGUGAACAAAGCACAUUCUACGAUUAGGCAGUUUUAUCGGGAUUGGAGCACGGAAGGGAAGCGGGAGAGAGAUGUGUGCUAUGGGCCGGUUCUCAAGGCAUUGCGCGAGGAAUUUGGGGAUAAAUCACAGCGGAAUGAGAAAGACGAGAUUAAGGUGCUGGUCCCUGGAGCAGGCCUGGGUCGACUAGUCUUUGAUCUCUGUCAAGAAGGGUACGCUGCAGAAGGCAACGAGAUCUCAUAUCACCAGCUCAUUGCCAGCAACUGGAUCUUGAACCACACGGCCGGGCCCCAGCAGCACACACUUCACCCGUUCGCCCUGCACUUCUCAAACCUGCAAUCGCGCGAGCAACAGCUUCGCCAAGUACAAAUCCCUGACGUGCAUCCGGGAUUGGCCAUGAUGGAGAUCGCAAGCAAUCCGGACCCGAACGUCCAAUUUGGCACCAUGAGUAUGUCCGCCGCCGACUUUGUGGUUCUUUAUAAGGGCGAGGCAAACCAGGAGUCUUUCGACGCCGUCGCGACGGUGUUCUUCAUCGACACAGCUCCCAAUUUUAUCCGCUAUAUCGAGGCCAUCCAUAACUGUCUGAAGCCGAACGGUGUUUGGAUUAACGUCGGUCCGUUACUCUGGCACUUCGAAGAGGGAAAGAACCACAAUGAACAGCAGCCGGAGGGUAUUGCAGAGCCGGGCAAUGUGGAACUGACGGAAGAGGAGGUAUUCUGUUUGGUGGAGAAGAUGGGGUUCAAAUUAGAGAAGAGAACAGCGCCGGAGGAGAGGGAGAUGUGUGGAUAUAUCCAGGAUCCAGAGAGUAUGUUGCAGAACUUGUAUAGGCCGUCCCACUGGGUUGCGCGGAAAAAGUAGCAUUUUAUAUAUGGAGCAUACAUAGGUAUUAUAUGAAUCGCAUCGCAUUAUCCAUACGAUGUCCUCGGCUGGAUUGCAUGACUCUCGGGGAAUCUUUGCUUGAAAGUUGUGCCGGUGAGGGUUAAUCUUAAUGGUCCUGUUAGUCCUGGAGCUGUGGCUACGGAGAUGUGGGAAGGAGUGGGGGAUUGCGGGGAGGGAUGUUGUGUUUGCGAGGCUGAAGGAGAAGUUGUCUAAGGGAGAUUACGAGGCUGGAGGAUGUGGCAGAGGCGUGUGUUUAUUGUAUGAAGGAUCAGGGAGUGACGGAGGCGGUUAUAUCGAGUAAUGGGGUGGGACACUUUGAUUUUGUGCUUUGGAUAUUAGGGGCCGUUAUUGGAAUUUAAUGUUGGGC